AUGUUCGCCCGAAAGAAGCCGGAGGCUCCGAAAAGAAGAAAUCACAACUUAUCUCAGUUUGGACUGACCGACAUACCAGACGAUUUUGAUCCCAGUUUAGGAUUCGAUGGCGGCGAUGACAACGAAAAUGACAGUGACUUAGAGGCAGAGCUGGCAGCUAUAGCUGGCGGAGGGGGCAAACCCAAGAUUAAACCGAAGCCAAAAGCUACGUUAGUUGCUCCAAGUGAUCUGGAUAAAAUGAUAGCAGACAGCUUGAAGGAUAUUGGUAGUGAUGAUGACGACGAUGAUAUAGAGAAUGAUUCGGACCUUUUGGGAGAGUUGCAUGAAAUCGCCGAACCCGUUGAAACGGAGCAGGGUGGAAGUGAAGGACUUGACACUGCUGAACAUACAAAAGAAAGUGAUGUUUCCCAACCUAGUGAGCCACAGUUAUUUUUACCAACUACGACUUUGAGUACCGUUGACAUAAUAAAGCAACGCAUAGAAAUGUACAAGAUAGCUGAAUCAAAUGCCAAGUCCUCAGGUGAAGGCGCUAAAGCUCGACGAUUUGGUCGAGGCUUAAAAACACUUAAUGAUCUAUUGAAACAAGCUAAUGCAGGUAAAGAUAUCAAGUCUGAGGAUAUACCACCUGAGGUAAGUGUAAAACCUAAAAAUGAAAAUAGUUCACAAGAAACGGAAAGAAAUACAACUGUAACCGAAGAAGUAGCUCCAGUGGCUCCUGUGCGAAAAGCCCCACCUCCACCAGUACCCGUUCCUGAAUCGGUUACCACUACUCCAGAUGAUGCUUCAAAUGAAGAAUCCAUCAAGCCCACAAAUCCCUUAAUCCAAAAUAUGCGACAACGCCAACAAGAAUAUAAAAUUGCCGCACUUCAAUCAAAACGUUCUGGGGACACAAGCACUGCCUUGCAGUUCCUUAAGGUAGUUAAACAAUUCGAUGUUGUUAUCAAAAUGUGUGAAGAUGGCCAAGAAGUAGACCUUAGUGACAUGCCGCCUCCUCCAGAACAGUUUAAAGAAUUCAUAGAGAAAAUGCAAACUGCGGCAGAGCAGCCACCUGAACCUCAACCAUCAUCUGUCCCUGAAGCCGCACCAGCAGAGCCAUUAGCCCCCUCAAGUAGUGGUAACAUGUUAGAAGCUUUACAACAGAGACUAGAAAAAUAUAAAUCCGUAGAAGAAGCUGCAAAGGCGGAGGGAAAUUCCAGCAAAGCCCGACGGUUUGGACGAAUUGUCAAGCAAUACGAGGAUGCUAUUAAGGCAUAUAAGAAUGGACGACCUGUACCAUACGACGAAUUACCAGUUCCACCAGGAUUUGGUCCAUUACCAGUGGAAAAUGCUGCACCCGCAGCAACUCCUUCCGUUCCAACACCAACAGAAUCCACGCCUUCCAGUGGAACUAUGACACCGAAAGCUGCACCUCCUGUGCCCGAAAAAAAGAAGUCGCCACAACAAAAUGACCUGACGACUCGUACUUCCGGAAAUCAACAUAAAAACAAUUUAGCCGAGCAACAAAUGAAAAUAUUGCUGGAACGCCAAAAAGAGUUUAAGUUGGCGGCUUUAGAUGCAAAGAAAGCAGGGGAAAUUGAACAGGCAAAGGAGUACCUCAAAAUAUACAAAGGAUUUGAUGCACUGCUAAAUGCUGCCAGUAGCGGAUUACCAGUAGAUUUGAACACACUGCCAGUCCCACCGUCUCAAAGGGACAAUCUUGAGGCGUCGUUUGCAAUUGUUUCAACCGAGGAAUGUGAUCCCGAUGAUGAUAUAUCGGAUAUAGGCAUUCGGAUUGAAGAACAAUUGGCCAAACAACUGAUGAUGUGUAAAAAUACAAGAGACCACCACAAGGCGAUGGGAGAUAUAGCUGGAAUGAAUCGCUUUGAAAAUUUAGCUUUAACAGUUCAAAAAGAUUUAGAUUUGGUACGCUAUUCGAAAAGAAAGAAGUUUCCAUUGCCGAAAUUCCACUAUGAAAAAAGAAGUUUUAAUAUUGUUCACUGCAAUACCGACUUAACGGACAAUGAACUUGAAAUUGUGGUAGUGCGCGGUCUCAACUAUAACGUUCCUAAUCCAAAAGACGUAGAUACAUAUGUUAAAGUGGAGUUUCCACUUUUAAAUGAUGAAACAUACAAAACAAAAACUCCCUUGGUAAAAGACACGGAUAGUCCAGAAUAUAAUCAACAUUUCAAAAUAGAAAUUAUGCGUGGAAAUAGACAAUUUCAAAGAAUAUUUAAAAGACAGGCUGUAAAAUUUGAAGUGUAUUCCAGAGGAGGAUUUCUACGUUCGGACAUUCUAAUUGGAACUGUUACAGUAAAAUUACAACAACUGGAAACAAAAUGUGACAUCCACGAUACGUUCGAUCUCAUGGAUGGACGAAAGGUUGUAGGUGGUAAACUGGAAGUCAAGCUGCGUGUCCGCAACCCAAUCCUAACCAAACAAAUGGAACAUCUGAACGAAAAGUGGCUUGUAUUGGACUCUUAA